AUGGCUGAUGUUACCAAAAUGUAUAAAGGGAAGAGAUCCCAAAUGCACCUGCAGAAUCGUCCCGAGACGGGUCUCAAUGUGAACUGUGUGGACCCUCUGGGAAGGUCGGCUCUGCUGAUGGCUAUCGACAACGAGAAUCUGGAGAUGGUGGAGUUACUGAUAGAACAUCAUGUGGACACCAAGGAUGCAUUGUUGCACGCCAUCUCAGAGGAAUACGUUGAGGCCGUCGAAUUGCUUCUAGAACACGAAGAAGCGCAUCACAUUCCCGGAGAACCCCAUAGCUGGGAAGCAGUGGACAGAGACUCCUCCACUUUCACACCGGACAUUACUCCUCUCAUCCUGGCUGCUCACCGGGACAAUUAUGAAAUCAUCAAAAUCCUGCUGGACAGAGGAGCCACUCUGCCAGCACCUCAUGACAUUCGUUGCGCAUGCGCCGAUUGCGUCCGAUCCUGUUCUGACGACUCCCUCAACCAUUCUCGGUCCCGGAUCAACGCUUACCGCGCCCUCGCCUCCCCCAGCUUGAUGGCCCUCUCCUCUAAAGACCCCAUUCUCACGGCCUUUGAGCUGAGCUUCGAACUGAGGAGACUCAGCUUCCUGGAGCACGAAUACAAGGUCGAAUAUAUAGAGCUUCGAAAGCAAUGCCAAGAGUUCGCGACUGCGCUCUUGGACCACACGAGGAGCUCCUACGAGUUGGAGGUACUUCUGAACUACGACCCGUCGGGCCCCGUCUUCGAGCCGGGCGACAGGAUGCUGCUCAGCAGGCUCAAGCUGGCCAUCAAGCACAAGCAGAAGAAGUUCUGCGCCCAUCCCAACGUCCAGCAGCUUCUGGCGUCCAUCUGGUACGAUGGCGUGCCUGGCUUCCGUCGCAAAAACAUCGUGCUGCAAUGCCUGGAGAUCUGCCGCAUCGGGAUGUUCUUCCCCGUCUACUCCGUCUUUUACAUCCUGGCGCCGCAUUCCACAGCCGGCAGAACGCUCAGGAAGCCCUUCAUCAAAUUCAUCUGCCACUCUGCGUCAUACGUCACUUUCCUAUUCUUGCUGAUUCUGGCGUCACAGCGUAUCGAAACUGUCCUCGUAGAUUGGUUCGGGACAGACGAGAUGAAGAAAAAGAUUAAAUCCAACGUCACGACAAAGCGCGGAGCGCCACCUAGUGUCGUGGAAUGGAUGAUCUUAGCGUGGGUUAUGGGUUUGAUCUGGAGCGAGAUAAAGCAGCUUUGGGAACUGGGGCUGAUGGAAUAUGUAGCCGAUAUGUGGAACAUUAUUGACUUCAUCACCAAUUCCCUUUACGUUGCAACAAUAGCUCUCAGAAUUGUCGCGUAUUUUCAGGUGCGCAAGGAGAUCAUGCUGAACACGGGAACAGCGCACUUGCCUCGAGAGAAGUGGGAUGCCUGGGACCCGAUCCUAAUCGCCGAGGGGCUCUUCGCAACAGCCAACAUCUUCAGUUCCUUGAAGCUGGUGUACAUUUUCUCGGUGAACCCCCACUUGGGUCCCCUUCAGAUCUGCCUGGGCAGGAUGGUGAUUGAUAUUGUCAAGUUCUUCUUCGUGUAUACCCUGGUGCUGUUCGCCUUCGCUUGCGGCAUGAACCAGCUCUUGUGGUACUACUCCGACAUGGAGAAGAGGGUGUGCUUCUCAAAUCAGGAUUCAAUAACCGUCCAGCAGGGAGCGUGCCAUAACUGGAGGAGAUUCUCCAAUCUGUUCGAGUCUUCCCAGACGCUGUUCUGGGCGAGCUUUGGCCUCAUUGACUUGGACAGCUUCGAACUGACGGGCAUCCAAACCUACACGCGUUUCUGGGGCCUCCUCAUGUUCGGAUCCUAUUGUGUCAUCAAUGUGGUAGUACUGCUCAACCUGCUCAUAGCCAUGAUGAAUCACUCCUACCAGAUGAUAUCGGAGCAGGCGGACACCGAGUGGAAGUUCGCCCGCUGCAAGCUCUGGAUGAGCUGCUUCGAAGACGGUGGGACGGUGCCCCCUCCACUCAACAUCAUCCCCACCCCCAAGAGCGUUUACUAUUUCCUCCGCUGGAUCUUUCGCAAGUUCCACUCGAAUUCGCGAGCUGCCCGCAAGGAACAUCUCAGGACCAUUAGGAAACGUGCGAAACAAGCCAGUGAAAGAGACUUUCAAUAUCAAAACAUCAUGCGAAAUUUGGUGAGGCGGUACGUGACAGAAGAGCAGCGCAAGGCGGACAACCAAGGAGUGACAGAGGAUGAUGUGAAUGAGAUAAAACAGGAUAUCUCAUCCUUCCGAUACGAGCUCACCGAGAUCCUACAGAACAGUGGAUUCAACACCUCCGCUUCCAAAGGACAAACACAGAAAUCCGGGGGAAAGAAAGGCCGGCAGAAAGAGAGACGCCUGAUGAAGGGGUUCGACAUCGGCCUUGUCGAGAGUUCGAUUCAGACCACCCCAGAGGCCAGCGUCGACGAUACUAAUCACGGCCGACACUCCCCUCCCGGUGCAAAACUGGCGAAAAUCGCAAGGCUCGCUACCCGAAAGAAGAAGCAGGGUCGCUGGGGCCAUCUCGUGGAGGCCACGCGGCACGCCAGGGCUGCUUUCUCCAGGAGUCGAUCCGAGGACUCUCUCAGCAGCAACGGGUCCAGCCCCAAUGGAUCCAGCUGCAGCAGUGGCAAUGGAGGAGAAAAUAGUCCUCAAGUGGAAUUACCCGUCAUCAAGAGAUCUUUGUUCGCGCGAAAACUUGGUAACCUGGCUCUCAGCACGUCCAAACUAAGGCUGGCCUUUAUGGAUUCGGAUAAGUCCAGCAUGGAAGGCCCAAAAAAUCGUGUGGCAGACUCCAGUGCAGACAGGACUCAAGCCCAGAGAACUGUGAGUGCGCCAUUUGGCCAGUGGCUGAGCACGUCCAUGGACCAUUUGGCCAAGAGAGCGUCGCCAAAUCUCAGUCGGCAGCAAUGUCUGACACCUGCUAGGAGCCUCUCCCCUAUUCCUAGUUGUGCGAGUUCCAAUGUGCCUACUCCCAGGAGUUCCAUUACAGGACAGCCAGACCCAGUUGGGUCGCAGAAAGAUUCUGCACCUGGCAGUCCAGCCCCGCAAGAGAAAAUGGGCCGGGAGUAUGGCAUUGAAACUGUGACUUAUCCAUCCACGGCUGGGUGGAUAUGAAAAACCUAGCAAUAACUACUCGCUAGUCCAAAACACAAAAACCGGUGCUUGAACUCUUGUGCUAUUUAUUAAUUGCGGAGUUAGAAUAUGGAAAUGAAUUCUCCAUUACAAUGGUAGUUAUUUUAUAUGGGAAUCUAUUGAACCGAUUGUAGAAUUCGCGAUCUUCAUAUUUCAUAUAUUGGACUAAACUUUGUAAGGAAAAGUAUUUAAAGGGGAAAAAAACUAAUGUUCAUGGAAGAAAAGCAUAAAACAUUUUAUUAUUCAUGAGAUUACAUAUCCAAACGUAAUUCGCGUCAUGUACAAUGUUUUAUGCGAUUGCAUUUAUUUGUCUAGACUAUGGUAAAAUAAGUAUUUAUUAAAUCAAAAUUUGCAUGGACAUUUUUUUUUACAAAGUUCUAUGUAAUUUCCGUUUUUAAUUUUUUUCCAAAUUAACUUCUUGUGUCGAAAAUGUACGAAAUGAUUUAGCAGUUAAUUGCUUUUUGUGAUGAUAGUCAAGCACUGUUCAAUGAAUUGCAUGAUAGUUUCUGUUAAUUUAUCAUUGAUGUUUCUGAAAUUGAUAUUACCAUGCUAAUUUAUUCAUCUUAUCA